AUGGCCGCUGAUACAGGUACAAUCUUCAGGCGGGAAGUUAAGGACUCAUCACUCAGAACAGAAUUACAAAUUGAAAAUGCAAAUUACAAAAUCAACCCCUUUGGCGGAGCAUUCGAAACUCACCCAAGUCCGCUUCCUCGUUUUCAUCGACACCCUUUCCUUCAUGACUCUCUUCCACUUGACCCCGGCCCACUAUUCAUUCGUCUCUCUCUCUCUCUCUGUCUCUGGAGAAGAAGAACUUUUGUUCAGAAUUAUAUCUUUCACCUCACAUUUCACGGAGGACGAUUUGAUUUGAUUGGUCUGAAGAUGGAUUCCGCAGCCAUGACUUUUUGCAGUAAAUCUAUAUGCUCACCUCCUGGUUUAUUCGUGAGGAGGAUAAUACAAAUUCAAAGCUCCCAAUGUAGCUUUAUGGUAGGAAGUAAGGUUAACUACCCUCGACAGAGAGUUCAGGCUUCUCGUGUUGGUAGAGAUAGAAAACAUGGAGGCGCUCUUGCUGCUAGAUGUGCUAAUGACAAAAUCCUAGUGGCUAACAGAGGAGAGAUUGCUGUUCGUGUGAUUCGGACUGCUCAUGAGAUGGGGAUCCCUUGUGUCGCAGUUUACUCAACCAUAGAUAAAGAUGCUCUUCAUGUGAAAUUGGCCGACGAAUCUGUUUGCAUUGGAGAAGCACCAAGCAAUCAAUCGUAAGCCAUUAAAAUUCUUCUAUUCU